CCCGGCGGGGCAAAGUGGCAGGAACCUCUUAAAGGGCGAGAGCUGCAGAGAGCGAGGACGCGGCCGGGCCGGCUUCCCGCCCCGUCCAGCUCAGAGAAAAGCUUAGUGGCUGAGUCCGAAAAUUCACCACACCAACAACAGAAGGAAGAGUGUGAGGGAGCCACAAACAGAGGCCAACAAGAAACUCAGCUGGAAGAGGCUUCUCAAGUGGCAGCUGAGGGAGAUAAUCAUUGCGAGCAGAAGCUAAAGGCAUCUAAUGGAGACACUCCCUCACAUGAAGACUUGAUCAAAAACAGGGAGCGGGCAUCAGAAAACAGGGGCUUGUCACGGCUGUUUUCCUCAUUUCUCAAAAGGCCUAAAUCGCAAGUGUCUGAGGAAGAAGGCAAAGAAGUAGAGUCAGCUAAAGAGAAAUGUGAAGGAGAUCAGAAAGAGAUUGAAUUUGGAAACAGUAUUGAUGAAGAGAUUAUUUUAAAGGCCCCAAUUGCAGCCCCUGAACCUGAGCUCAAGACAGACCCAUCCUUAGACCUCCAUUCGCUAAGCAGUGCAGAGACACAGCCUGCCCAGGAAGAACAGAGAGAAGAUACAGAUUUUGAAACUAAGGAAGGAGGAGGAGUUGAAGAUUGCUCGAAAAUAGAAGUAAAAGAAGAAGGCCCUGAGUCAAAAGCAGAAAGAGAACUAAAAGCUUCCCAGAGAUCAACCAGAAGACACAGAAAUAUGCACUGCAAGGUUUCUCUGCUGGAUGACACAGUUUAUGAAUGUGUUGUGGAAAAGCAUGCCAAGGGGCAAGAUUUACUUAAGCGAGUGUGUGAGCACCUUAAUCUUUUGGAAGAAGACUACUUUGGUCUAGCCAUUUGGGAUAAUACAACCUCAAAGACAUGGCUGGAUUCUGCCAAAGAAAUAAAAAAACAAGUUCGUGGUAUCCCUUGGAAUUUCACAUUUAAUGUAAAAUUUUAUCCACCUGAUCCAGCACAAUUAACAGAAGAUAUAACAAGGUAUUAUUUAUGUCUUCAGCUCCGACAGGACAUAGUUGCAGGCCGUCUGCCCUGUUCCUUUGCAACCUUAGCAUUGUUGGGUUCUUACACCAUCCAGUCUGAGCUGGGAGACUAUGACCCAGAGCUACAUGGGGCAGAUUAUGUCAGUGACUUUAAACUGGCCCCAAAUCAGACCAAGGAACUUGAAGAGAAGGUCACAGAACUGCACAAAUCAUACAGGUCCAUGACCCCAGCUCAGGCUGACUUGGAAUUUCUUGAGAAUGCCAAAAAGUUGUCAAUGUAUGGUGUUGACCUUCAUAAAGCAAAGGACUUGGAGGGAGUGGAUAUCAUUCUAGGUGUCUGCUCUAGUGGUCUUCUGGUUUACAAAGAUAAGCUGAGAAUUAACCGCUUUCCUUGGCCCAAAGUGCUGAAGAUUUCUUACAAACGUAGCAGCUUUUUCAUCAAGAUUCGACCUGGAGAGCAAGAACAGUAUGAAAGUACUAUUGGAUUUAAACUUCCCAGUUAUCGAGCUGCUAAGAAAUUAUGGAAAGUCUGUGUAGAGCAUCACACAUUUUUCAGACUGACAUCUACAGACACCAUUCCUAAAAGCAAAUUUCUUGCACUGGGAUCCAAAUUUCGAUACAGUGGCCGAACUCAAGCUCAGACCAGGCAAGCCAGUGCUCUGAUUGACAGGCCUGCCCCACACUUUGAGCGCACAGCAAGCAAACGGGCCUCUCGGAGCCUUGAUGGAGCAGCAGCUGCCGACUCAGCAGACCGAAGUCCUCGGCCUACAUCUGCGCCAGCCAUUGCUCAGAGUCAGGUCACAGAAGGCAGCGUCCCAGGUGCACCUCUCAGAAAACCAGUGGUUCCUAAAACACAGAAGGAGACAGUGAAGGUUGAAGUGAAAAGGGAAGAAAUGCCACCUGAGCAAGUUGAACCAGAGCCCACGGAAUCGUGGAAGGUGGAAAAAUCCCACAUCGAGGUCACAGUACCUACCUCACAUGGUGACCAAACACAGAAGCUUGCAGAAAAGCCUGAAGAGCUGAUAAGAAUGAGGAAGAAAAAGAGAGAGAGACUAGAUGGUGAAAACAUUUAUAUCAGACAUAGCAAUUUAAUGUUGGAGGAUUUAGACAAAAGUCAAGAAGAAAUAAAAAAACAUCAUGCCAGCAUCAGUGAGCUGAAAAAGAACUUCAUGGAAUCUGUACCAGAACCACGGCCUAGUGAAUGGGAUAAGCGCUUAUCCACUCACUCCCCCUUCCGAACACUUAACGUCAAUGGGCAAAUCCCCACAGGAGAAGGACCUCCCCUGGUGAAGACUCAGACGGUCACCAUCUCAGAUACUGCCAAUGCUGUGAAAAGUGAAAUCCCCACCAAAGAUGUCCCCAUUGUUCACACUGAGACAAAGACCAUCACUUAUGAGGCUGCCCAGGCCGAGGAUAGCAACGGGGACUUGGACCCAGGGGUCUUGCUGACUGCUCAGACCAUCACCUCCGAGACCACAAGCAGCACCACCACGACGCAGAUUACCAAGACUGUGAAAGGUGGGAUUUCUGAGACCCGGAUUGAAAAGAGAAUUGUCAUCACUGGAGAUGCUGACAUCGACCAUGAUCAGGUCCUCGUCCAGGCCAUCAAGGAAGCAAAGGAGCAGCACCCAGACAUGUCGGUGACUAAGGUGGUCGUCCACCAGGAGACCGAGAUCUCUGAGGAAUGAGCUCAGGAACUACCCUACCCCAACUCCCUGCCUGCCUCCCACCCAGGAGAAAACCAGCAAAAUGACAAAGAAGCAAACCCGCUUCAGUAGGACUUCAGACUUUCAAGAUUAUUCAUCAGAAAAUUCCUUCAUUUUCUAUCUGGAGUUUAUAUACCAAGUGUCUUCUAGAAAUCAUUGAUCCUUUCAAAUACCUUUUCUACAUUGUGAUACCAGAAAUUGUUCAACUUUUCACUCUUUGGACUGUUUUUAAGGUAGCUUUUUGGUUUUUUAUAGGUGGUUUGUAACCCCUUCAACCUAGCCUCUCCCCAUUUAUUUCCAACCCAGAUUCUGACAGAGUCCACCGGAUUCUCCGGGCAGUCCUCCAGAGACUCUGUCGGCUGCGUUGGGGGCCAAAGCCAGCUUCAUGGGGCUUCCCAGCUCCUUCCCUUAUUUUAAUCCUUUGAAUGUCAGCAGAAACUUCAUAAAGCAGCCCUGUCUCAGAGCCGGGUGAUGUGAUUUUACCAGAACAUCCUGCGAGGCAACUGUCCUAUCCACAAAGCCAGGAAAUGCCCCAGGCCCCUGUUGAUGGUGGUUUUGGUGCGAGAGACCUCUGCUAAGAAUGUAUUAGUUUUCCUCCUUCCCACCUGUUCUUUGUGGAGCUUCUUUAGAACAAAGACGUGAGAAGUUGCUUCGGAUAGAUCUGAUACUGUGAAUGUUUGAACAUAUCUGUGGCCUUCACCUUCCUGCCUCCCUCUUCAACUGCCCUCUUACCUCAUGAGAAGCAGCACCCUGCCAAGCGCUCCCCUCACCUCCCGUCUCAGGAGACCAAAACUCGCGGAAAAAUAGGCACUUUUGGCCAAAAGCUCUAAUGGUAUAUUUUUCGUAGUGAUUUGGGGAAGGAAAGUUAAUGAGUUGUUUUUUUUUUUUUUAAACAGGUUUUCUGGUUUGGGAAAUGUGCCCUUCACGCGGGGGAUGAGUGGGUUUCUUUAGUCUCCUGCAAAGAAGUAUUUCUAGGAGACUGACCCUGGCCUCUUGCUCUAAUCCCGGCCCGGGCAUGUGACUCACAGGGGACGGUGGGCCCCUUUCUUCACUCACCAGCACCUGCCUGCAGGCACCCUUCUGGUUUUAGGGCCACCCUCCCCACAAACCCCACGUGACAAGCGUGAACCCCAGGUCUCCUCCGUCCCUCUUGCCAUCUGAAGUCUGUCAGGUUUUAUAGGCUUGAUUUUUGUGGUGGAUUUUGGGUUAAGUUGUUUUGGUUUGGUUUUAUAAAUGAGGAGUGGUGCUCAUAGCUCUAGUUCAGAUUUGGGGGCGUUUGGUUCAAUAGGGUUUCUUUAGUCUUACGGCCUCACGUAAUCAGAUCUGUCUGGAGGUCCUUAGAACUUGAAUUCUAAGACAGAAGAUAACUUCAUGAGAUAGAUGGUGGGUCACAGCAAGCAAUCUCUGGGGGCCCAGGGGGACUGAGCAAAAGAGAGAAGCCUAAAGCCUCUGCUCCCCACAGGGGGCCAGGGACCUGUCCAAAGCCUCUAUUGGCGGAGUUUGUUUCCACAAACUCAGUUGGCUUGAGCUGAUUUCAGGUAUGUGCAUUUCCUUAGGGUACUGAUGUGAGACUGUUAUCAGCCAGCAGCAGCUCCCCCCCCCCCCCCAGAGGCAGGAGUUGGGCGGCUGGGCAGUGUACAGGCCUGGGGAAAGGAGAUGGCCCCUUCUCAGGAAUAGAUGUACAGCCUGUGGGCGUGGUCUGAAGCGAUGGGCCACGAUGGGUGCCGGGUGCCAGGAGCCAGGAGCGGUGGCUGAGUCGGAAUCCCAGCUCACACCGGCAGCGGCCCGAGCCUGCCCCGGCGCCGGCAGCCCUGCUGAGUGCAGCCUGGCUCGCAGAGCUGACCCCUGUGGGACAGGAAGAGGACACAGCACGCCCCUUCCCUGUGUGUGGAGUGUUCUGCAUGGCCCAGGUCAGCGUGGUCUCUCCCAUCGCACAGGACUGGGGGUCAGCAUCACCAGCUCUCUGCACUUGUUCCCUGCACCCCGUGUCUAUAAGCCAGGUCAGGAGCUCUCUGAGUACCAGCACUGAGAAGCCGAUGUUUGGACAUGCCAGCAAGAGGGGUGUCCUUGCAAGCUUCCUCCCCUUUACUCUGUCUCUGGCAACAGAUCUGGGGGGUUGGCAACUGUGUGGAUUUUUUUCCUUCCUGCAAUUAUGUGUGUGUGUGUGAAGAAAAAUAGACUCUGCCCAGGUGGGAAUGGUGAGGAGGGGAGCAGAGUCUCAGUUCCAGGGUUAGAGACUUGGCAGUAAUUUUCCAAGUGACUCAGACACACCACAGUAACAACUCUUGCUGCAAUUUUAUUUUUAUUCCACUUGAGAAAUAAAGAUUUUCUCUAAGCCACACGAGGUCUCUGCCACCCACC